AUGUCCGCGCUGCGGGAACACAAUCACAGGACCAGCCUCCUGGCUCCUCGCCGCUGCGUCGAGGAUGAUGCCUCAUGGCUCUCGAACUCGUCUUCCGGACGGUCAAUGGCCGGCUUGGGAGCCCAUUGCGUCAGUGUGAGUCGACUUGCCAUCCUUUACGGAUGGAAUCGUGCGCAACUCACCGCCACAAAAACCCCGCCACGAGUCUCGAAAGACCAGUGCAAUACGGGCUGCGAGAGGCUGAUCGGCGCCUGCAAGAUGACCGAGCCACUCCUGUCGCCUCACGGUCUGGUAAGUUCCUCGGCCCAACCCGACCCUGUCAAGGACUUCUGCCGCCGGUUCGGGCAUCAGACAGCUGUGAUCGAUAGAAAGUUAUACAUCGAUGGCGGAUUUGUGAACUAUAACCCGCUGUCACAAUACCCGACCAACUACUCGAAUACCGGGCUGCUGUACCAUGACCUCGAUACGCCGGGCGCCGGGCGCAUGCCCCAGCUCUAUGCCAACCUCAUCAAAAACACUACCAUCCCGGACGUCAAUGGCGGCACCCUAUGGGCCGACGACGUAAACAAGAGGUUCUACCUCUUCGCCGGCGAAUACCACCAGCAACCGCCCUCGUCGCAGUUUACGUUAUGGUCAUACGACACCAUCUACAACCGUUGGGAAUCCUUUGGGUCGCCGGACGAGCACGACAUCGCUGCCGUCUCCUACGGCGCGGGUGUCUCGAUAUCCGAAACAGGCGAGGGCUACUACUACGGCGGAUGGAAAUCGAACAACACCAUACCGGGUUGGGACGGCCCGCCAAAGGCCAUGACCGGUUUGGUGAAAUACAGCAUGGACUCGAACACUUGGUCCACCGACCCAGGGCCGGACUCGAUUGGGAGGGCAGAGGGAUCGAUGGUGUUCAUCCCGAUCGGGGAUGGGGGGAUGUUGGUGUACUUUGGUGGCGUCCAAGACCCAUCCGGAAACGGCACCUGGGUCGGCCAGCCGAUGGAAACGAUAUUUCUCUACGACGUGCUCAGCUCGAAGUGGUACAGCCAGGAGGCUACCGGACAGGUACCGCCGAUGCGGAGGCGCUUCUGUGCCGGAGCGACCUGGGCUCCGGAUCAGUCGAGCUACAACAUUUACCUCUACGGUGGCGUAGGUAUGCCCCCUGACACAGGAGGCUUCGACGAUAUCUACACCCUUUCGAUCCCCUCAUUCGAGUGGGUCAAGAUGUUUCCAACCGACGGGAACCUAACGGGCGAAUACCGGCACCAUUCCCUUAGCUGCAACGUCAUCGACAACGCCCAGAUGAUUGUCAUCGGCGGAACCUUCCCAACCAGCGACCGCUGCGACGUCCAGGAACAAUACGGCCUCCACAACAUGGACCUGGGCCAGCAAAACAAAGACGACGCCAUCUGGUACAUCUUCGACGCCAACCUCACCAACUACGCCGUCCCGGCCCCCAUCAUCAGCGCCAUCGGCGGCUCGGCCGAAGGAGGCGCAACCAAGACCGCGCCCGCCGAAGGCUUCGACAACCCCGACCUGCGCGUCCUCAUGACCCGCAAAGCCAGCAUCGCCGCCCGGACACCCACGCGCGCCAUCCCCACCGCCACCGGCGCCCCAGACGACGAGUCAAGCUCACUCUCCACCGGCGCCCUAGCCGGCAUCGUCGUCGGCGCCGUCGUCGCCUUCGCAGCCCUCCUCGCGGCCGUCAUCUUCCUCAUCCGCCGCCGCCGCAGCCACCAACAUAACAACCCCUCACACAACGGCAACCACCAGCCCCCGACAAAAUACCUCUCCACCACCGCCAGCUCCCAGGGCUGGAGCCACCAGCAAAGCCCCACCUCCUACUCCCCCACCGGCUCCUACCCACACAGCCCUUUCCUCAACCAGCACCACCAGCACGGCCACGGAUACCACCCCCCGGCCGAACUCCCCGUCUCGCCGUCGGGCGCGCUCGGGCCAGGUGGCCUGGCCUAUGAGCUGGUGGAUUCACCACCGUCCCACCUCGUACCGAGCUCGAGCGGCGGCGCCGGUGGCGGUAGCACGCCCACGGAGACCAUGUACGGCGCGGCCGGCGGCGGAGGGCAGGCGGGAAGCAGCAGCGGUGCGGACGCGCCGCAUACUAAGGUUGAUGCUGAGGGUCGGCUGUGGGUGCAGGUGUCGUCGCCUGCGUCGUCGUCGCAUUUGCCGUUGCCGCAUGGUGGUGGUGGUGGUGGUGGUGGUGGUGGGAGUGGUGGUUAUAGUCCGGUGGUGGAGCUGGGGGACCGCCAGUACCAGUACUCGCCGGCCACGCCGGGCUCGGCGUACCAGUAUCAGCCGCAUGGGCAGGGGGUGCAGCAGCAGGGAGUGUGGAGGCCGCCGCCGCAGGAGUUGAGUAGCGAGCCGAGGCGGGAUGACGGUUGGGGGGUUGGGGAGGAGAGUCCGGGUGGUGGGGAGAGGAAACACCUUACCUUUUAUCACCCUUGA